ACACUAACUUGGCCGAAUCCGCUCGACUCUCUUUCCCUUUUCAAACAUCCUCUGCGCUUGUAGCUUCGCAAUGAGUGUUCAGGUCGCGCGUCGAUCGCCCCUCAUGCGACGCGAAUAGGCCCGGGCUCUUCUCUCCGAUCGUGUUGCCAAGCCGCUAGUAAUCGCAUUGCUCGUGUUCUCUUAGAAUACGCAGUUUCUAGGUAUAGAAGUUUGGUGCACUCCUAUCGUGCUCCACUUAGCAGGGCUAAAUCUGCAGAGAAUGACAUGCUGUGCUCCUAUUUAUGAAUUGCGCCGAACCUUGCCUAGGUAGGCCGCGUCGGCGGUUUGAGAGCACAUAUAACCCUACCAUGGCCCGCUGCUCUGAUCCACACUAACCCAUCUACACCACUCUCCUUGCGACCUCAAUCACUAAGCCCCCAAACCCAUCCGGACGCAACACAAACCAUGGGUCGACCAGAAGAUAUCGAAGCCGUGUACAACAAACCAUCUUCAUCGGUUUCAUCUUCAUCACCACCCUCGAUACAGUCAAUACCAUCCGUGCCACCACCGCCCUACUUCAAGUCACACUUCAUCUCUCCAUCGUCUUUCAAGUCGGCCGUAAACGAAAAGCUCGACAAGCCUGCCGUAUCUCUCUUCCGUCUCAGUAUCCGCAUUUUCCAGUUCGUAUUCGCCCUUGCCUCAGGCAUAUCCUAUGCCAUCGAACUUCGCCAUACAACAAGCGAUGCGAGCUCAGACUUCAUAUACGCACAAGUUGUGUUUGGUCUUACCCUCAUAGUCUUGGUCAUAGACAGCAUAACAGCACGGAACUACCGUAUGACCUGGGUGCCGGAGUGGAUCUUGGCCAUUCUAUGGAUCGCUUGUUUCGGCCGUUUCUACACAAUUUAUCUGCGUAGCGAUAUUGAGCAAGGAUACGAGAAUGUGGAUCUAGGACGCAUGAAGAGAGCUGUGUGGUGCGACCUCAUCAACGCAUUACUGUGGAUGGGAAGUGCCUUGUUCUCUUCAUUCAUGUGCUACGCUGGAAUCAAAGCUGCCAUCAAGGCAAAGUUGGAAAAACGGAGGCAAAGGAAGGAGGGGAAGAAGGCGGUUAGAGAGAUGGGUCAGAUGGAACAGGGCGUUGUCGGACGGUGACGUUGAGUAUUAAGUCGGAGGCAAUAUAAAGAGAGAACAUAUAACGUUCAUUACUAGUAGCGGAGGAUAUGCGUACUUUGGGUAUCGCAAAUCAACCCACUACCACUCUCACUCCCCAAACAAGACGCACUAGUUAUUUAGACACAAGUGAUCAAAACAUCUAAGAAGAUGAGCGAACUUGCUCAACGUGGACGUUGUCGUCCUUCUCGUAACCAGAAGUCAUGACGUUCUUCUCCACCACCUCAAUGUCGACGUGAGCAAC